AUGAAAGUUGCAGCCCUUUUGGUCUGCGUAAUAUCUUUAGUCGGCGGGGCAGAAAUACAGCUAAAUGGAAAUGGAUGCCCGAUAGACUACACAAUUGAAAAACUAUAUAGACAUCCGGAAUGCAAUAAAUACUACCAGUGUUUACACGGUUCUCUAGAAGAACGAAUAUGUCCAGACGGUCUCUUAUUUAAUGGGAAUAAAAAUGUUUGCGAUUGGCCUGUAAAUGUCAACUGCGAAAAGGAAGCCGAAGAAUUCCUAUUGAAAUCUUGUAAAUGCAAACCAAAAGAUGCACGUGCUAUAUGCGCAAAAAAAGGCUCUGACGGUUUACUUGUUGCCCACGAACAUUGCGAUAAGUUUUAUAAAUGCUCUAAUGGUAAGAACGUUUCCAUGAAUUGCCCACCAGGAUUGUUAUAUAAUCCUGUUGAGAGCGUGUGCGAUUACGCCAGCAACGUUAAGUGCGGUGAUCGAGUCAUUCCAAGCCCAGAUGAAAAUAAGCCAGAGGACGAAAACGAUAAUAGUGAUAACAACAACAAUAAUGACGAUAAUAACGGAGGGGACAACAAUGGUCCUUGUAAUUGUGUUCCAGAUGAAGCACCUGCUAUUUGCGGUAAAGCUGGAUCAGAUGGGGUUCUAGUUGCACAUGAACAUUGUAACAAGUUUUACAAAUGCUCUCACGGCAGGAAUGUUUCAAUGAGCUGUCCCUCAGGUUUGUUAUACAAUCCUUACAAAGGAUGGUGCGACUACCCCAGCAACGUUGAAUGUGGUGAUCGAGUAAUUCCAGACCCAGAAGAAGACAAGCCAGAUAACGGAGAUAAUAAUAAUGGCAAUGACGAUAAUAACGGAGCUGACGACGAUAAACCUUGCAACUGUGAUCCUGACAAAGCACCCGCCAUUUGCGGUGAACCUAGAUCAGAUGGGGUUCUUAUCGCUCAUGAACACUGUGACAAGUUUUACAAAUGCGCCAACGGCAAGAAUGUUCCCAUGAAUUGCCCGGCUGGUUUGUUCUACAAUCCUCACAAACAAGUGUGCGACUAUCCCAGCAACGUUGAAUGUGGUGACCGAGUUAAUCCAAACCCAGGUAACGACGAUGAUGACUGUGAUGACGAUAACAACGGAGGUGACGACAAUGGACCUUGCAACUGUGAUCCUGAUAAAGCACCCGUCAUUUGCGGUGAACCUGGAUCUGAGGGGGUUCUUGUCGCACAUGAACAUUGUGACAAGUUCUACAAAUGCUUUAACGGCAAAAACGUUUCCAUGAACUGCCCGGCAGGUUUGUUAUACAAUCCUCACAAAGGAUGGUGCGACUAUCCCAGCAACGUUAAGUGUGGAGAUCGAGUAAUUCCAGACCCCGAAGAUGAAAAGCCAGAUAACGAAGAUGAAGACUGUGAUGACGACAACGGAAAUGACGAUAACAACGGAGGUGAUGACAAUGGACCUUGCAACUGUGAUCCUGAUGAAGCACCCGCCAUUUGCGGUAAACCUGGAUCAAAUGGGGUUCUUAUCGCACAUGAACACUGUGACAAGUUUUACCAAUGCGCCAACGGCAAGAACGUUACCAUGAACUGUCCGGCUGGUUUGUUAUUCAAUCCCUACAAACAAGUGUGCGACUAUCCCAGCAACGUUAAGUGUGGAGAUCGAAUAAUUCCAGACCCCGAAGAUGAAAAGCCAGAUAACGAAGAUGAAGACUGUGAUGACCCCGAAGAUGAAAAGCCAGAUAACGAGGAUGAAGACUGUGAUGACGAUAACAACGGAGGUGAUGACAAUGGACCUUGCAACUGUGAUCCUGAUGAAGCACCCGCCAUUUGCGGCAAACCUGGAUCAGAUGGGGUUCUUAUCGCUCAUGAACACUGUGACAAGUUUUACCAAUGCGCCAACGGCAAGAACGUUACCAUGAACUGUCCGGCUGGUUUGUUAUUCAAUCCCUACAAACAAGUGUGCGACUAUCCCAGCAACGUUAAGUGUGGAGAUCGAAUAAUUCCAGACCCCGAAGAUGAAAAGCCAGAUAACGAAGAUGAAGACUGUGAUGACCCCGAAGAUGAAAAGCCAGAUAACGAGGAUGAAGACUGUGAUGACGAUAACAACGGAGGUGAUGACAAUGGACCUUGCAACUGUGAUCCAGAUGAAGCACCCGCCAUUUGCGGCAAACCUGGAUCAGAUGGGGUUCUUAUCGCUCAUGAACACUGUGACAAGUUUUACCAAUGCGCCAACGGCAAGAACGUUACCAUGAACUGUCCGGCUGGUUUGUUAUUCAAUCCCUACAAACAAGUGUGCGACUAUCCCAGCAACGUUAAGUGUGGAGAUCGAAUAAUUCCAGACCCCGAAGAUGAAAAGCCAGAUAACGAAGAUGAAGACUGUGAUGACCCCGAAGAUGAAAAGCCAGAUAACGAGGAUGAAGACUGUGAUGACGACAAUGGAAAUGACGAUAACAACGGAGGUGACGAUGACGAAUGUAAUUGUGUUCCAGAUGAAGCUCCCAUUAUUUGCGCUAGACCAGGAUCCCAUGGAAAAUUUAUCGCACACAAACAUUGUAAUAAAUUCUACGUGUGCACUAACGGCAGAAAUGUUACCAUGAACUGUCCGGCUGGUUUGUUAUACAAUCCCUACAGACAAGUGUGCGACUAUCCCAGCAACGUUAACUGUGGUGAUCGAAUAAUUCCAGACCCCGAAGAUGAAAAGCCAGAGGAAGAGGAUGAUAACGGAAAUGAUGAUGAUGAAAAUGGACCUUGCAAUUGUAAUCCAGACGAAGCACCUGCUAUUUGCGCCAGACCUGGAUCUGAUGGAGUGUUAAUUGCACAUGAACAUUGUAACAAGUUCUAUCAAUGCGCUCAUGGUAGAAACGUGACCAUGAAUUGCCCAGCAGGAUUGUUGUAUAAUCCUUACAAGAAGUUUUGUGAUUACCCACACAACGUUCAGUGUAACGACCGAAUUAUUCCAGACCCAGAAGAACCAGAUAACGGAAACGAAGAUGAUAAUAAUGGAGAUGAUAAUGAUGGACCAUGUAAUUGUAAUCCAGAGGAAGCGCCUGAAAUAUGCGCUAGGAUUGGGUCCGAUGGAACACUUAUUGCACAUGAAUAUUGUAACAAAUAUUACAUCUGUAUGCACGGCAGGAAUGUGACAAUGAAUUGUCCUGAAGGUUUAUUCUAUAAUCCGUAUAAAAAAUGGUGCGAUUAUUUAAAUAAUGUUAAGUGUGGAGACCGUAUAAACCCCGAACAAGACAAGGAUACUUGCAAUUGCAGUCUAUCUUACGCUUUGAUUACUUGCGACAGUGAAGACACAAAUGGAAAAAUUGUUGCUCAUGAAAUGUGUAAUCGGUUUUAUUCUUGCUCUAAUUAUCAACCGAUUGAAUUACUAUGUCCUAAAGGACUACUUUUUAAUGCAGAAAAACUAAUUUGUGACUGGCCAAGCAAUGUUGACUGUGGAGAAAGGAUUUAA